GAUACCCUUUGUGUAUAGCAAUGCAGUGUCGGUAUACGGGACAAAAUCCACGUGCUGGCACUGUGAUAGGAUAAUUUUAGAUUGUUCGUGAGAGGUCAACGCUUUCUGAGGUUGAAGCUACACUUUGUCGUGUCAAAGCUGUAUUAUUCAGCUCAUCAGUGACAUCAACAUGUCGAAGAAAAGAUAUAGAGACGACAACUGUAUCUCUGUGAUUUCUAGAUUCAAACAGGACCAGUUAUAUCGCCACAAGGUAUCCACGUCUCUCGCCGUGUACGGAAUUUUCGCUGUUAUUGGAGGUAUAAAAGGCCAAAUAGGCCCAGCAUUCCUCGACCUUCAGAUUAUUAGCAAUGUCGGACUGGACAAAGGGUCGUGGAUAGUGACUAGUUUGUAUAUAGGGUAUACACUGGGAGCCCUAACCAAUGGUUUCCUGUACCAUCGCUGUACCGGAAGUGUUCUGUUCGCAGUCAGCUCUCUGUGUCUGUCUGUCAUCAUAGCUUUCAUACCUUGGUGCAGAGAGUACAGCGUCAUGGUGACCUGUCAUACAGCUAUGGGUUUGGUCGUCGGACUCAUCGACGCAGCUGGGAACGCAGAAAUCAUCCGACUUUGGAAAACAAAAAGUGAAGCUAUCCUAGUAGGUCUACAUGUGAUAUUUAACGCCGGUGGUGUCAUCUCACCUGUCAUUAUUGCCCCGUUCCUAGUGAGAAAUGUGACUGAGGAGAUGACCACGUCGGUACCACGGCUGACUAUUAAAACAUUAAAUCUCACUGUACCAAAUUCCAAUUUAUCUCUUCUACAGAAUUCCAGCUUCAGUACAACUCGCGGAGAUGAAGAGUCCAGAAUCUACAUCCCCUACUCAAUUUCCUCCGUCUUUUGUAUUCUUCAUUGUCUGUGUUUUAUAAUUUUGUACAUAACUGAAAAACAAACAAAAAACAUUGGUAACCAGACAAAGAACAAUCAAGGAAACUACAGUGGUCUGUAUUCUCUAAAUAAGCAGGAGACCGACCGUCUAAAUGGACAAGCCAUCACAAACCAAGUCACAGUAAUAUACGCUGAAGAAACAGAUAAAAAUGUGACCCAUGACCUUUCUAAGUAUGACUUCCAGAUACCAAGGUCACUUCAGUUGCUUGGCCUCGUUGUCAUGGUUACCAUAGCAGCCAUGAGUAAUGCUAUUGAUUUUUCUUUUUCUACUUACUUGUCGUCUUUCUGUGUCGAGUUCCUACACUGGAGUAAGUCCAUGGGUUCGGUGAUCACGUCCUUGUUGUUUAUCAUGGUAGUGGUAGGUGGCACACUUAGUAUGUUAUUUACUAAAUGUAUCAACAGUAUUGUCUAUAUAGGUGUACAGGUGACUAUGUUACUUACAGCUCUAUUGCUGUUCUUACUCAGCGCCUUAUUUCACUUAACCGCAGGGAUUUGGCUAUCAGCGCCUCUCUUUGGAUUCGCGAAAUCGGCCAUUUUUCCUUUAGUGAUAGCGUGGACAAACCAGACCUUCAUUCGCGUGUCUGGUAGAAUAUCGUCCGUGUUCUUUGUUGGAGCUAUGGGUAGUUGUUCUGUCAAUUUGUUCAUGCUGGCAUCCAUCAUGGAAAGUAUGGGGAAAAUCUGGUUUUGUUAUGUAUUGACUAUAGAAAGUAUUGUGUUGAUUAUAUUCUUCAUUAUAGCAGUGAUCCUCUCACAAUACGUCAAGCACAGGAGAAGACAACCAGUGACCAGUAAACAGACUGAUGCUGAGUUGUAACCCUAAUGACACAUAAGCUAAUUAAGGUUAAUUAGACAUAGGGGAAAAUGAGGAGAAGACAGUACACACCAGGGAAGCUUCAAAGCAAAACGACAUAUUUCUAUAUCCUGUGGAUUAGGCCAAUGGAGUUUGGUUGCCUGAAAUAUAUAACGCAUAUUUUUUUUCUCCACACUGAUAAAACCUGGUGCUAUCUUAUUUAAAACCUUGUACACUUCAUAAGCCGUCAUCUUCUUCAGUCUAUCUAUAACAUAACUGUUGUUUUUAAAAAAUGUUUGAAAGUUUAAGUAUGAAUAUUUUGAAUAAAGCAAAUGACUCUGUCCUGAAGGAGUUCGUUCGGCUUUUGAUGAGAUUUCAAAAAUCCCAAACCAAUAUACAUAAAAGUUUGAUAGAAUUUGUGACCAUCUCCAAAUCGCUGACAUUAGAGAGACAAAUUGCAAAGAUAGCUGCUUAUAUGUCUUUUUAUAAUUUUUUCAAACUUCUAAAGAUUUCGGUUUCGAUAGUCCAGAAGUUGCCCCCUUAUUGACUGUGUCUAUAAGACUGCCAAUGUUUAUUCCACAACCAAACGUAAUAACAGAGGGAACAUCGGCUAGGAUAGCAACAACGAAGGAUGAUAUAUGUACUAGAUGGUAUUUUAUAUUGUUUUACCUCUAUUUGGAGGUAGGGUAUCAAAGUUUAUAUCACACAAUCUAGAUGCUAUCAGCUAUGGAUUCGAUGUUAUUGAAUGAAAGUCUGAACUGGUGUAGGAUUGUGGUCCGUAACUUUGGGCAUUCCAGUCAUUACGGAAGCCUAUUACAACAAAUGUUGAUUGGUUAAAAAUAGUUUUAAAGAUAAAAGAAUGUAACAUAACCUGUCAGUCUAAGUAAGCAUUUGAUCGCAUCAUUAACCUCUUAAUGUUACCAACAUGCUACAUCAAAGGUAAAGAAUUUCAGCAGCUCUCGUCUGUUGGAUGUCGGUAUGAUUAUACUAUUGAAACUCUAAUGUACAGUAAACUACCUUGUUUUAUUACCAAAGGGGAUCAGGUCAGUCGAUCUGUCUGUAUUUUAAGUGAGUUCUUUGUCCUCUAAAUCAACCAAGCAAUAGAAAUGUAUCGUUAUUGACCUUAAAACUACAUCAGGGAUGCAAAGCUUCUCGUGUAAAUUAUACUUAACACAGGUUGUCUCCCUUGCUCCGUACUCGGUGUCAAAUGAAAUAUUAAGUGGUGUAGCAAUUACAAGUUAUGGUAAAUAUUUUUCCUCAGAUCACGUGGUAACUAUAUCAUCAACUGGAAUUUACCUCUCUUUCUAUCGGACCAAACCAUAAAAUACCCGCUAUCACGAAAAACUUCAGUACUGGUGGUAAACAACUCGGUACGGACUGUAAAAUCAACACGCAACAUUGACUGUCAACAUUAACACUUUGUACUGACUGUCAACAUUAACACUCCACACUGACUGUAAACAUUAUCACUCCACAUUGACUGUAAACAUUGCACUCCACACUGACUGUAAACAUUAACACUCAGUACUGACUGUCAACAUUAACACUCCACACUGACUGUCAACAUUAACACUCCACACUGACUGUAAACAUUAUCACUCCACAUUGACUGUAAACAUUGCACUCCACACUGACUGUAAACAUUAACACUCAGUACUGACUGUCAACAUUAACACUCCACACUGGCUGUCAACAUUAACACUCCACACUGACAGUAAACAUUACACUCCACUCUGACUGUAAACAUUAACACUCAGUACUGACUGUGAACAUUAACACUCACUACUGACUGUGAACAUUAACACUCAGUACUGACUGUGAACAUUAACACUCACUACUGACAGUAAACAUUAUCACUCAGUACUGACUGUAAACAUUAACACUCCACACUGACUGUCAACAUUAACACUCCACACUGACUGUAAACAUUAAUUCUCCACUCUGACUGUAAACAUUAACACUCAGUACUGACUGUGAACAUUAACACUCACUACUGACUGUGAACAUUAACACUCAGUACUGACUGUAAACAUUAACACUCAGUAUUGACUGUAAACAUUAACACUCAGUACUGACUGUAAACAUUAUCACUCCACACUGACUGUAAACAUUAAUUCUCCACACUGACUUUAAACAUUAACACUCAGUACUGACUGUAAACAUUAACACUCAGUACUGACUGUAAAUAUUAACACUCAGUACUGACUGCAGACAAUAACACUCAGCACUGAUUGGAAACAUUAUUCGUAACUUCGAUUUGUAAUCUAAUCCGAUCGGAGUGUGCAAAAGACAAAGAAAUGAAAAGUGUUAUUGCUGGAUUUUCAACACAAGAAUGGUUUUAAACACUUGUCUUCUGUAGACUUUACUCCUAAAUCCCCUAAAUCUAUAACGGUGUCAGCAAGUUCAUUCAUAAAGACUUUGUCGUCAACGAAAAAAAAACCAUUUGUAUCUGUAAACCUAUCUCGAUGCAGCUUUCGAACGGAGUCGCCUCUCUGCCAUCAGACAAAUUACUUGUUUAUAUAGCUAAGAAUCGGAUAGUUUGCCGUUCAUAAUUUAAACGUUUCUAUCAAAGUACUUACAAGGUUUUCAAGACUUUUGGGAACUGCAGAGUAGAAAUAUUGUUUGACUUGUUUUUGUAUUAUCAGAAAUCAUUUCUUUCCUGACUACGGCAAUAUAAGUCAGAACUUGUGUAUAAAAUACUAAAUGAUUGAACGAGAAUGUACACCUAUCAAGAGGUAGGCAACGUAACAUACUCAGUUGGUUUUACAACCCGAUUUCUAUCUCAGCGAUGUGUUAAAUGUUUCACAGAAAUAAAUAUUGUAGUACAGUA